GCUAGCCUUUCAGUUUAUUCCGAACCACCAGAAGCAGUUGCGGUGAGUGCUCAGCUGAGUUGAAAGCGCGAUCGUCGUCCUCGUCUACGCCAAGAAGAAGAAGACCGGUAGUGGUCUGUACGACAGGGAGCCAAAAGCAGGACAGUAAGCUACGUAUAUGUUGUACAGUGUGAUUCGCGGGAGAUAAGGAAGUCCCCCGUCCUACGUUCGAGUGUAUUCGUGUGUGUGAUAAGAAGCCAUCUUGGGAUUGUUUGGACUGAUUAUUUGAACUGUGAUCAACAUUCUCGAUCUGUGAGGAUCAAGUUGACUGAGUGGACAGGAGAGUGAUAACGAACAGCUGUGAUUAGAUAUUGGUUGUGAUCGACAUUCCGAGUAUUUGGCAGUGUUUUUUUUCAAGUAAAGUAUCGAUUUGUGUUGAGAGAGCAAGCAGAUCGGCAUUCGGUGAAUUGGAUGGUGAAAUUGGAACGGUACCAGAGGAGCGGUAUCUGCAGAGACGUGCCACAGGAAGGACAUUCACUGGUAGCGGAGCUGCGGAAAAGGCAGCUUGUUAGCCGGCAAGAUUCGUGCAAACUAGCGAACUUACUAUUCGAUCAGUGUGGAGAGUGCAACAGAAUGGCUUGCCUUCCACAGUCCGCCUUCGCAGUGCACAAACUGCGCAAACCCCAGAACGAGAAGGACCUCGCUGUGGCACGCCUCAGCACCGACAAGCAGGACGCACCACGCUACACGAACAACACGCUUGACCUCACACCGGUCAAGUACAGCGAUAAGCUGAUGAACAGCAUCUGGGGCCUGUACAAUCGCUACUCGCCGCACAACUUCAAGAAGAACAACGGCUCCAACGAGCAGUACUUUGGCAUGCAGCAGCCAUUCGCUGUUGCAUGCGCCGCUUCGGAGAUAGCCAACUCCGAGGCCAAGUACCGCCCGAACAAGAAGUGAAGUGUGAUCGAUCUCCAUACCGCGGUUGGGUGGAGCUACGUCAGGGAGAUCCAUGAACUGGUUGUGGAGUAGUAGUCACACUGGACGAGCUGUUUCGGGCCGUUAGUUCUAGCUGUGUAGAUUGUAGUGAUAUACUUAGCAUGUGGUACGAUGAUAUUAGAUUUUCGGCAAAUAGGGAUUCAAAAUUUAUUAAUUUACAAAUUAUUAUUAAUUGGGAUUAAUAGGCAUCUACUUUGACUGAAUAAAAUUGUUCGAAUUUAUGAUUAUAUUCAAUUAGGAUAACAAUUGGAAAACUUUAAA